AUGGGUUCGAUCGGUCCGACCAGCCGCCAACAUGCAGGAGCAGACUAUCACAUUCGCGAAACCCCCAUGGGGUCGCGUCGCUCCAUGAAGGUUAUCUUCAUGGGCAUGGGCGCCGCGGGGAUUAACUUUGCCCAAUCUGUGGCGAAGCAGACACAAAACAUCGACUUGACGAUCUACGAAAAAAGCAGCGAUCUUGGUGGCACAUGGCUAGAGAACCGAUACCCCGGCUGCGCCUGUGAUAUCCCCAGUGUGUGCUACCAGUUUAGCUGGCAACGCAAGCCCGACUGGUCGCAGUACUAUGCUGGAUCCCGCGAGAUCUUCGGCUAUUUUAAGGAUGUGGCCGUGAGGAAUGACCUAGAACGCUUCGCCAAGUUCAACCACCAAAUAGUGGGAGCCGAGUGGCUGGACUCCAUCUCCAAAUGGAGAAUCACUGUCGUGCGUGAUCAGGACCCAACCACGGCCUUCGACGACUAUGCCGAUUUCUUCCUCAAUGGUGGCGGCCACCUCAAUGCGUGGAAAUGGCCGGAGAUCCUGGGACUGAACACCUUCCAGGGCCCUCUAAUGCACAGCGCAAACUGGGACGAUGCGGUUGAGCUGGCAGGUAAACGCGUGCUGGUCGUUGGCGCUGGCAGCUCGGCGGUGCAGAUUGUUCCCAAUAUCCUACCCAAAGUCAACCAGUUACACAUUGUCGCUCGGUCGCCUACCUGGAUAACAGCCGGCUUUGCGCCGAAGUAUGCCGGCCCCGGGGGUAGCAACUUCAAAUAUUCUGAGGCCACCAAGCAGCAGUUUCGAGACGACCCGGAGUUGUAUCUGCGGUACUGCAAGGCUAUUGAGUCGGAGCUUAGCGUCCGGUUUCGGCUCGUCGUCAAUGACUCUCCCGAGGCUUUGGCGGCGCGCAAGUUCUCGGAGACCCAGAUGAAGCAAAAGCUGGCGAGGAAACCAGACCUGAUUGACAAGCUGAUGCCCAAGACCUUUGGAAUCGGUUGUCGUCGACCGACCCCGGGAAACGGGUUUCUCGAAGCCCUAACGGAGGACAAGACCACGGUCUGGACGGAGAACCUGACGGCAAUCACGCAGACGGGGUUUAUCAGUGCCGACGGCCAACACCAUGAGGUGGACAUAAUCAUCUGCGCCACGGGCUUUGAUACCACCUUCCGCCCUCGUUUCCCUCUCAUCGCCAACGGCCGCAACGUCCAGGACGAUCCCGCCGACGCCCCCGGCUACCUCGGCCUCAACCUCCCCGAAAUCCCGAACUAUUUCAUGUUCAGCGCCCCCUAUGGACCCCUGGGCCACGGCUCUGCGCUCCCCAUGAUCGAGGCCUUCACCAACUACAUCCUCCAGAUCAUCAGAAAGGCGCAGGUAGAGGACAUCCGCCGGAUUCAGGUUUCACGCCAAGCCGCCGAGGAAUUCACCCGGCACGCGGACCUCUAUCUAAAGCGGACAGCCUGGUCUGGCCCUUGCAGCUCCUGGUUUAAGGCGGGUCAAGUUGGCCGCAAGCCGAAGCUCUGGCCGGGCUACGGAGUUCAUUACCUGACUGUCCUCCAGGCGCCACGAUAUGAGGAUUACGAGAUCUCGUAUCUCACUAGUAAUCGAUUUAACUACCUUGGGGACGAAUUCGAGGUACGCGAGUAUGAUGGGCGAGAUUUGACCUGGUAUUAUGGACUAUUGGAUGGACAGGAUGUGCAGCCUGCGGAGGUUCCCCCGCCAAUGUACUAG